AUGGCGGCUUCAAUUGAGUUGACUGCUCCCAACGGAGUCAAGUGGUCACAACCAACUGGUUUGUUCAUCAACAAUGAGUUCGUCGCUUCGACCAGUGGCAAGACUCUAACCUCAAUUGACCCUGCCACUGAGGAAGAAAUCGCAACAGUGCAGUCCGCCGAUGCAGAGGACAUCGACAAGGCCGUCAAGGCUGCCAAAGCUGCCAUGCGCCAUGAAUCAUGGAGAGACCUCCCCGCCUCAGACCGUGGACUGCUCAUGGCUCGUCUGGCAGAUCUGAUCGAGUCGAAGAGGGAGCUCUUCGCUACCAUUGACGCGUGGGAUAACGGCAAGACAUACAUCGAGACUCUCGAGAACGAUCUCGUCGAGGCGGUUGGUGUCAUCCGCUAUUAUUCUGGCUGGGCCGAUAAGACAUUUGGCCAAACCAUCAACACAACACCCAAGAAGUUCGCCUACACAAUUAGACAGCCCGUUGGCGUCGUCGCACAGAUCAUCCCUUGGAACUACCCUCUUUCCAUGGCCACUUGGAAGCUUGGUCCUGCGCUUGCGUGCGGAAACGCAGUUGUCAUCAAAGCCGCCGAGCAGACCCCACUGAGUCUAUUAGUCCUAGGCGAGCUCAUCAAGGAGGCUGGUUUCCCUCCCGGCGUGGUCAACAUCGUCAACGGUCUUGGCAAGGACACGGGUGCUGCGCUGGUGCAGCAUCCUCUGGUGGAUAAGAUCGCCUUUACUGGUUCCACGGCCACAGCUGCUAGCAUCAUGGGCGUUGCGGCCAAGACGCUCAAGAACAUCACCCUCGAGACGGGCGGAAAGUCGCCGCUGUUGGUUUUUGACGAUGCAGAGCUGGAUCAGGCUGUGAAGUGGUCGCAUUUCGGCAUCAUGUCCAACCAAGGUCAGAUCUGCACGGCGACGUCGCGAAUUCUCGUGCAGGAGACCAUCUACGAGAAAUUCAUCGAGGAGUUCAUCAAAACCCUCAACACAGUUAGCAAAGUUGGAAACCAGUGGGAUAAGGAGACGUACCAAGGACCCCAAGUGUCAAAGGUGCAAUACGAGAGAAUCUUGGAGUAUAUCGACAUUGGCAAGAAGGAGGGCGCCACAGUAGCAGCCGGCGGCCUCCCGCUCAAGGUCGGAGACUCAGACAAGGGCUUCUACAUCUCGCCGACGGUCUUCACCGACGUGAAGCCCUCCAUGCGGGUGUUCCGCGAGGAGAUCUUCGGACCAGUCGUCGUAAUCUCCACCUUCAAGACCGAGGCAGAGGCCAUUGAGCUGGCGAACGAUACCACCUACGGACUCGGCGCUGCUGCGUUCACGACGAAUCUGGAGAAGGCGCAUCGCGUGGCGGCUGCGAUCGAGGCUGGGAUGGUCUGGAUCAACAGUAGUCAGGACUGCGAUCCUCGGGUGCCGUUUGGAGGUGUCAAGCAGAGUGGUAUUGGGAGGGAGCUUGGUGAGGCGGGAUUGGAGGCGUAUACACAGAUUAAAUCAGUUCAUAUCAACAUGGGGAAUAGACUAUAG